AUGGUUGGAUUUCAGCUCUAUAAAGAGCACACUCAGCGUGGAAGAAUCCCGUGUCCUGGGACCCUGUCAGUGAGCCAGCAGUGGACAGCAGCUCACUACCACACAGGUCCUGGCAGUCCUUCCUAUAGCGGUGCACCAUGCACAGGUGUUGUGUGUGACAACCCAGAAAUUGUCACAGUUGGAGAAGAUGGUCGAAUAAAUCUCUUCAGAGUUGAUCACAAGGAAGCUGUAAGGACUAUAGACAAUGCAGAUAGCAGUACACUUCAUGCUGUAACCUUCCUUCGAACUCCUGAGAUUCUUACAGUAAAUUCAAUUGGACAGUUAAAAAUAUGGGAUUUCAGACAACAAGGAAAUGAGCCCUCUCAGAUAUUAUCACUGACUGGUGACCGUGUGCCGCUUCACUGUGUAGACAGACAUCCCAACCAGCAGCACGUGGUUGCUACUGGUGGCCAGGAUGGAAUGUUGAGUAUUUGGGAUGUUCGACAAGGCACUAUGCCUGUAUCUCUCCUAAAGGCACAUGAAGCUGAAAUGUGGGAAGUUCACUUUCACCCAUCCAAUCCAGAUCAUCUGUUUACUUGUUCUGAAGAUGGAUCCCUCUGGCACUGGGAUGCCUCUACAGAUACACCCGAAAAGUCCUCGCUCUUUCACCAAGGAAGAACCAGUACUUUUCUUUCUCACAGCAUUAGUAACCAGGCAAAUGUUCACCAUUCUCUUACAAGUUCCUGGCUCAGCACUGAUCCUGCAAAAGACCGUAUUGAGAUCACAAGUUUACUGCCCAGCCGGACUUUGUCUGUGAACAGUUUGGAUGUUUUGGGUCCUUGUCUUGUUUGUGGAACUGAUGCAGAAGCCAUUUAUGUCACCAGACAACUGUUUUCCUAAAAGUACUGCAGUUACAAGAUUCCAAGUAAAACAUACAGUUCUCUGAAUUCCACUGUACAAAAUUUUAUUAUCAGAAAAUGCAGUAUUUGUGGCAAAAACAUUAGUAAACUAUUGUUAAUGUUGAUGCCCAGUCUUGACUUUCAUUUUUGGAUUCUUCUACAUCAGUUGCUAAAGAUUUUGGAACACAUGAAAAAGCACCAGUGAUCCUUGUGUUGAUAAACAUUGCCUUCGAGCAGACUAUUACUGACAGCUGAUGGAAUUAGCUCUUCAUUUUUGGUGUUGUGGUGUUUAAAGCUGUCAAACCAUCAAUAGGUUCUUGUAAUUUGGAGUAUGCCACCCCCUAGUGGCAUUCAAUACUGUUAAUUUUUUUUCUUUUUUUAAUGCAGUACUGGGAACUGAACUCUAGAUUUAGUA